AUGAAGCCGCCCAAGGAGCCCAAGGCUCCCAAAGGUCUGGUGGAUCCCGCGGACCACUUCAAGUCCGGGAAGCAUGAGGGGAAGUUCGGCGCCUUCGACAAGGGAGUGCCAACCCAAAUGGCCGACGGCACGGAGAUUCCGGAGAAGAAGCUGAAGGCUUUGAAGAAGGAGUACGACAGUGUCAAGGACAAGUGGGACAAACAUCAGCAGGCCAUGGCCAAGUAUAGCCAGGAUCUGACAAAAUACGAGAAGUGGAAGGAGGGCGGCGAGGAGGACUUCGGCGCCUCGGGGGUCCCCGAGGCGCAGCGGAGUGCUGCCUGCGAGACGGCGGCGCUGGAGGUCCUAAGGCGCCUGUUGGAUCGCUCCGUCACGGAGCACGCGGAGGAGCUGUCCGUGGAGGUGAACCAAGGAAGCCACGACCCCCCAGAGCUGGCUGCGCUGAUGGUGAAGGUGGUCCUGGAGCACGAGGACAAGACCACGGACCCAGUUCUGAAAGUGCUGAAGACGGUGGACAAGAAGAAGCGGAGUGGCAUGGUGGAGGUUGGGGAGUUGCCUGAGGUCUUCCGGCUCCUGAAGGAGGACGAGCUCCAGGUCGGCACGCAUGUCUGCUUCGGAGACAUCACCUAUGAGGAGGUGGACUUCGUCUCAAGCGUUUUGGAGAAGUCGUCCUUGGCCAAGGAGGGGCAGAUCAGCCACGAGGACCUGAAGGCCUUCAUCGAAAACCAGGACCUGCAGCCCAGCGACACGGGGCAUCCCAGCAGCCUGGCGGGCAGCCUGGUCUUCAUGCGCCUGGAGGCCUGGAAGAAGGCCUCCUCCGUGGAGAAGUUGAUGAGCCCCAGGGCCUGGCGUCUGCAGCUCUCCGGCAACGGCCUGGGCCCGGAGGCCGAGGCCAAGGAGGCGCCGGGAAAGGCGGCCGAGGAGGAGGAGCCCAAGGAGACCAACGCUCCGGCGGAGGCGCCUGUGGAGCCAUCGAAGGAAGAGACUUCAGGAAAGGACAAGGAGAAGAAGGAGAAGAAGGACAAGAAGGAGAAGAAGGAGAAGAAAGAGAAGAAGUGA